AGGGUUGGGUUGAAUUGAGAGAGUGGAGAGAACAGAGAUCUAGUGAGUAGAGAAACAGUAUCUUUCUCUGUCUCUGUUUCUGUUUCCCUUGGCCUCUUACUGUCAGAAGCAGCACUGUUACACUUCCCUGCAACUGCAGUUCAUCCAACUCAACCAACUCUCUUUACCAGAGAAAGUAGUUUGCAUGAGGUGAUUUUGUUGGAUUUGGAGAAUAUGGGGAGAGGCAGAGGAAAGGGUAAAAAGUUAAGUGUUGGCAAUGAUGAAGAUGGUGUUAUAAGUGGGGAGGAAGAGAGGGUUCCGAAGCAAAAAAGAAGAGGAAGGCCACAAAAAGUGUUGAAGGAUGAGUUUGAUGAAGAAGAAAUUGAGGAAAUGGAAGAUGAUGGCAGUGGUGACAGCAUGAAGAAUCCCAACAGCACAAAACAAGGAAGAAAAAAAAAACGAAAUUAUGAGGAAAAAGUAGAAGCUGGUGAGGAGAAAAGUGGGGUUAGAAUUGGAUCAAACAUGGAUGGCUUAACAAAGUGUAAUGGAUUUAGACAGAAUGGAAGCAGGCGAAAAAGUAAGCCUCGACGAGCUGCAGAAGCUGGUGUGCUCUGUAAGCAAGACUAUGCUUGAAAAACCUUUCUUUCUUCUCAUUUCUUUCAUUUUUUUUUUUUGGUUUGAAGGAUUCAUUGCUGCUAUUUUUCUAUUUAUAUUUUGAGAUUGAAUCGGGAAAUUUACUGCUAUGCUUGUAGGUUUCUCUGUUAAAAUGUAAUUUUUGGUUUCUGCUAUAUAUGGAAACAACUGUUUGUAGUUCAUUCCAAUUACAAGUCCUUGGGCUAUUCUGUAUUUGGAUCAAAUUCACUUUAUUGCAGAAAAAGAUAUAAAAAUUAAAAUUAAUUCUUUAUAGGUUAAAGUUAAUUUAUAUACAAGUUAAUUCAUAUAUAAUUAAAAUUACUCUUCCAACCAAAGUACACUGAUAUUGAUUUGACUGCAUCUCAAUCUGUCAUAGUAAAAAUAAUAGCAAUAAUUUAUAUAUAUAUUAUUUAUUUUUCCUUUUUUUUCACGUAAUAUAAUCUAUAAAUCUAUUUCUCUAGUACAUAUUAAGUGUUCAUGAAUAUUUUUUAGGUUUAAUAGGUUCGGAGGUCCCUAUAUUUGCGGGUUCGUUUCAGUUGGGUCCUCCAAUUUUUAAAGUGAUCAAUUGGGUCCCUAAUUUGGUAAAUGUGAUUCAAUUAUAGGAUCUUCGUUAAAUGUAGUUAACGUACGUUAACUUUGUUAUGAAGUGGAAGCUGAGCAUCCAGGUGGCAUCCUUCGUGGAUUUUUUUCAUUUUUAGAAAUUAUUAACUAAUGUUAAAUAUAUUAAUAAAUAAAAAUAUAAUUAGAAAUUAUUAAACAUAUCAAGUAAUGUUUCGUUUUUUGGGUAGCUUCUGUCUGAGUAAUUGGGGAAAUCUGCGAAGUUAGGGUUCGUUGGAGGUGUUCUGGCAUUUGGGAAGCACCGCUUUUGCGUGAGAAAUUACUCAGCCAUACCCUUUCGUUUUAUGAAAUUGUAGUGCUGUAUCGGUGGUUUCGAGUAAAAGCUUGUAACAUUUGGUGGUGAAUCACGUGGAGGAGUUUCGCGGAGGUCGUUGGAGGUGUAGCACGUGUCCAGGGCUUAAUGCAAGCUUUUGAAGAGGUGCUCCCUACAGUUGAUCAUCGGUUUUGUGUUAGGCACCUGUACGCAAAUUUCAGGAAAAAAUUCCCUUCAAAGCAGCUAAAGCGGAUGAUGUGGAAGGCAGCUACAGCAACUCAUCCACAAGCCUGGGAAACCGAAAUGAGAAAUAUAAAGGAAGUCAAUCUCGAGGCAUUCAAAUACCUUAUAAAAAUUCCUCCAAGAUACUGGUCACGAUCAAGGUUUACGACCAAUGCUAAGUGUGAUACUUUGGUAAACAACAUGUCAGAGGCAUUCAACAGUGUAAUGCUGCAUACAAGGUCAAAGCCAAUCAUAACCAUGUUGGAGGAUAUCCGCCUUUACUUGAUGAACAGAUGGGCAACAAACCGAACAAAAAUAGCCUCAUUGUCUGGGGUGAUUUGUCCAAAAAUCAAGAGUAGACUUAAUAAGGAGUCCCGGCUAACCAAAUUUUGGAUUCCAAGCUGGUCAGCACUGCAGUUGUUUGAAGUUCGUCAUGUGUCCCAAGUUGGUGACAAGUUUAUAGUUGAUAUAGACAAAGUUGAAUGCACAUGCAGGAAAUGGGCUAUCUCGGGCAUUCCAUGCUGUCAUGCGUUGGCUGUUAUGAAGUUUCUGAAUUUAGAUGCAGAUGAUUUCAUCCCUGUUUGUUUUAGGAAGUCAACAUACCAAGAAAUCUACUCUUCCAUUGUGUAUCCAGUUAAUGGUCAGAAUAUGUGGGAAAUUACCCCAUAUAAUGAUGUGCUCCCUCCAAAAAAGAGAAUAUUGCCAGGGAGGCCUAAGAAGAAAAGAAGGUUGCAGGAAUGGGAGUUAGUCAAGGACGACACAAGAAUGAGGAAGGGUGGCAUGCAUAAAAGAUGUGGCAUUUGUAAGGAGGUGGGUCACAACAGAACUUCUUGCCAGAAAUCAACCCAAGAUGGUGAACUGAACCCUGACCAAACACAACAAAGCAACCCAACAAAUGAAGAAAACAUACCAUCAUCAAAUCAGCCUUAAUCAAUUCUGAUCGUGAACCUUUUCUGAUGUAAACAAUUCUGAUCGUAAACAAUUCUGAUGUAAACCUCCUAGUUUUGUAAUUAUGUAAAAAAUUCUGAUGUAAACAAUUCUGAUCGUGAACCUUUUCUGAUUAAUACCAGUUUGCUAUAAUGA